GCAAAAAUGCUGAGAAUUUUUUCAUUUGAUUAGAUCCUAUGGCGCUCCUGGUACCUGUCCGGUGCACACGUUUUCCUGUACCACUCAGGGCACACGUUUACCCCAGCCGCCGCCUGUGCCACACUAUCUCCGCCACGCUAUCGUCGCGGCCUAAAGCAGUGGACUGGGUGGAGAAAACUUCAAGCUUCUUCGAAAAUGACUCCCGACCCAUCAUGUUAUUUGACGGUGUGUGCAACUUAUGCAAUGGAGGCGUUAGAUUUGUCCGAGCCAAUGAUCGACAAAGGAAAAUUAGAUUUGAAGCUCUGCAGAGUGAAUCAGGUAGGAAGCUGUUGGGGAGAUCUGGUAGAGAGCCUGAUGAUAUUUCGAGUGUUGUACUUGUUGAAAAAAAUAGGUCGUACAUUAAGUCAGAUGCUGUGUUGAAGAUUAUGGAAUACAUAGACUUACCCUUUCCACAGCUAGCUUUCUUUCUACAGUUUAUACCACUAUUUGUUAGGGACUUCGUAUAUGAGAACGUUGCAGAUAACCGUUACGAUAUUUUUGGUCGUUCAGAUUCAUGUGAAAUAUAGAAUAUACUAGCUCUGUACUCCUAUAUAGAAGUUGUUGGAAUUUCAUCUUGUAAGUAAAUACAUUCUAUAUUUAUAGUCAGACAUUGAUACCUAUCAACUUUGUUGGAUACAUUAAGAACACUUUGGAUGUCGUGUAAAACCUUUUAGUUUCAAAAGUCGACUGAAAUAUGUAAAAGAUUGAAAAAGUGGAAAAGAAGAAGAAAUGAAGUAUCAUAAAAGGAUUUUUGUA